UCCAGACUAUGCUGGGGGCGGAGAUUCAAUUGUCCAUCAGUCUCCCGAGAGGAAAACAAGGGAAGAAUAUGUGGCAGUUCGGAAGAGUGGAAGAGUGGAAGGUCCUGCCUGGGUGUGGUUCCCCAGGUGGCGUGUCCUUCCCAGUACAUCAUAUACGCCCAUAUCAUCGAUGCCCAAUGAUCCACCCGGCCAACGAGGACACCAGCCUGUUCACAGAUGUUAUACAGACCCUGAAGUACACUGACGGACGGUGGGCACCAUGUAAACCUGCUGAUAUAGACAACUGGACGAGAGCUCAGAGGGCAUGCCACAUGGCAUUUGUCGAAGAAUUUUACAACUCUUCAGGCAGGCAUUUCAUGGAUGCCCUGCUAAGGCACUACUUGAAGGAUUCUUUUCUUGACAUAGUCAAUAUUGGGGGAGGUUCCCCCAAUAACGUACUACUGCACAAGCUGCAAAUCAUGUACACUUACUAUCCUGUCGAGUCGGAUAGGUCGACCUCGUCGGAAGAUUCGCCAAAGAAAAACUUGAUGCCGAAAGACUCGCCGGAGAAAGACUCGCCGGAGAAAGACUCGUCGGAGAAAGACUCGCCGGAGAAAGACUCGUCGGAGAAAGGCUCGUCGCUGAAAGACUCAUCGCAGAAAAGCUCAUCGCAGAAAGACUCAUCUUUCAGUUCCAUAGUUCCAGAGUAUACGGAGUCUGAAGAUGACGGACAUGAGGUCACUCGUACUCCUGUUGUCGACAAUUUGGUACGCGAUUGCAAAACAAAGCUAACCUACCUCAUUGUUUCCGUGAAACAUGGGACCAUACGCUCGGAACAUGUAGAACAAUUGAAACACGAACUGUUGUCUAUGGUUCCAACAGCAGCAGCAAGUAGUGGGAAGCAGAGGGUGUGUGGAGUUUUGAUAUGCCAACAUGAAGUACUCUUCUAUCUUGCUGAAAAAUCUGCCAAAAAGAUCAAUAUUUUUCAAUUGGAGAGUUUUGACUUGACUACAGAAAAAGAGUUUUCAGCUUUCGUUAAUUACAUGACAGCCCUCUUCAAGUACUCACGGCAAGUAGUGUGAAGCAGAGGGUGUGUGGAGUUUUGAUUAGAAUUUCACUUCCUAGAUCACAUUCCUGAUCAUCUUCGAUUACUUCGUUUUCCUAAUGCUUCACCUUACCAUUUGAAGCUAGUAUAAGAAGUUUUAUGAUCUCUGAGUUUAGCUUUACCUGACGAUCGAAGUCAAGGUAAGCUAUUGCUGUGGCAUUGACGGAUGUCUGUGUCUGUUUGUCCACAAUGUAUAUCCAAGUUCAAAGUUCAGUCAUGCAAAUACAUGUAUAAGAAAUUAAGUAUUCUAUCUGAGAUUUACAUGUAUACAUGCAAUAGAGAAUGUAAAAUCCAUAUCCAAAUUCUUACAUGUAUCUCAGUUAUACAUUGAAUAUAUAUUUCGCAAUACUUGUAUAU